AUAAUCAGAAAAUGUUUGAUAAAUGUGUGAACACUAGUGAUAGCAAUGAAUAGCAGUUCAGUGAUUGAAAGUCAAACUGAUAUUAAUAUCGCAUUAAAGAGUAGACAAACAACGGAUGUAUUACUAAGUGAUAGUACUUUAGUUGACAUCAAAUCAAAGGUCAGUCAUCAAAGUGUCGCAGAUUUACUGUCACCGAUGGUCUCGACAUCGUUUGUCACAGACUGCCACCAAAGUGCCGCCGAAACGACGGUAUUGGCCACUAAUAGCAGUGAUCUGACGGAUUGCAAUAGUUAUCAUCAGCCAAAUGGUUGCAAUGGUUAUACCAAUGGUAUCAGUGACGGCAUCAAUGGUACCAACGAUGUCGGUACCGAUACGUCAUCGAUGCCAUCGACUAACACAUCAAUGGCACAGUUGUCUCAGUCGUUGCCGUUUCCGUUACUAUCGGGCGAAACACUGGUUGCCAACAGAUCGACCACCGAUGGCAUACUUUACGUAACAAACUAUCGAUUAUUUCUAUCAUAUAUUAGUUCCAAAGAGAGAUUACCUAUUAGUUUGCCAAUUGGUAUGAUUGAGUCCGUGGAGAUGAGAGAUCUUUACUAUUUAAAUGUCUACACAAAACACGUGCGAUCUUUCAUAAUCUCUUUUACAACUGGCGAAGACUGUGCCCAUUGGUAUAAGCGAUUGCUGGAUAUCUGUUCUCUACAGACCAAACUCGACAACUUGUUUUGUUUCAAGUUUUUUGUGGCCACCAAAGCCGAUAAAAGUCAUAUAUUUGUUGACAAUAAACAGAUUCGCAAUUGUUAUGAAAACUUUUACAAAGAGUUUAAACGAAUGUCAUUUGACAACGUCUGGAGAAUCAGUGAUAUUAACAAAGAGUUCAAACUGUGUCAGAGUUAUCCGCGAUAUCUAGUUGUGCCUCAAAGUGUUACUGACAAAGAUCUUGAAUCAGUGGCCAGUUUUCGUUACUCACGUCGCAUACCGACUGUUGUGUGGAGACACCGUAAAAACGGUUGUGUGAUAUCGAGGAGUAGUCAACCAGAGGUCGGUUGGCUUGGAUGGAGAAGCAGUCACGACGAACUACUUCUCAAUUCUAUUGUCAAGUGCUGUAAUAUUGGUAACAAUAUUGCUAAGAAAUUAUUAAUUUUGGACGCCCGCAGCUAUACGGCUGCAGUGGCCAAUCGUGCCAAAGGUGGCGGCUGUGAGUGUCCAGAAUAUUAUCUCGACUGUGAGGUCCAGUUCAUGAGUUUAGCUAAUAUUCAUAGCAUCCGAAAGAGUUUUUAUUCGCUUCGUUAUAUAUGUGAAUCGCCUGCGGAUCAGAUAAAUUGGCUAACAUUACUCGACAAUACUAAAUGGUUGCACAACUUAUCGGGACUCAUGAAAUCUGCACUAAUUGUUGUGAAUGCCAUCGAUUUAGAGGAGAGACCAGUUUUAGUGCAUUGUAGUGAUGGAUGGGAUCGGACGCCACAAAUCGUGGCCUUAGCUGAGCUAAUGUUAGAUCCAUAUUAUAGGACUAUUGAUGGCUUUAGAAUGUUGAUUGAAAGGGAAUGGAUUAAAUUCGGCCAUAAAUUUGCAGACCGUUGUGGUAACGGUGCUUCAUGUGAUGACACCAACGAGCGGUGUCCUGUUUUCCUACAAUGGCUCGACUGUGUUCAUCAACUGGUACUACAGUUCCCGUGUAGUUUUGAAUUUAAUCUUAACUUUUUGAUUAAAUUAAUACAACACACAUAUUCGUCACUUUUUGGUACAUUUAUUUGCAAUAAUAUACGCGAACGGAUUGACCAUCAAAUUUAUGAGAAGACCUAUUCUGUUUGGUCUUAUUUUAAUAAUAGACGUCAGUAUUUUAUAAAUUACAUUUAUGCCAACAAUGAUCAGGUUUUGAGACCAUCGUGUAAAGCAAAAGAUAUAGUGUUCUGGAGUGAUGUUUAUAUGCCAUUGUCGUCAUCAGCUUCUGGAGGAUUGGAAUAUAAUUAUAGUUCAGACGACUCCGUUGAUAAAAAUAAUGUAUCAUAUGGUGAUGUAACAGAUGGUAAUGAUGUGCCUAUUAAUGGAGAUAUUAAACAAUCAAAUGAAUCUAAACAAUUGGAUACCGGUCUGAAUGUGUCCAACAAUGAAACAAAUGAAACUGAAUCAGAUAUGGACACUAUUGCCAGCGAUAAACAUCAUUCCCUAUCAAAGACCAGGUCAUGCGAGAACCUGGCGCUUGACGACCAUCACACCAAUCAUCAUAAUGAUGACCAACACUAUAGUUCAUCGUCAUUGCUUAGAACUAGACAUCAUUGCAGUGAUCCUAAUCUUCAACGAUCGCUGACUAUUGCUAACGAUUCAGUGGAGUGGAAACGUGGAAAGUGUGCUGAUAUUAUACAAUAUAUUCGUGAUUAUCAAACUAAUGGUAUCGGCGCCGGUAGUCGCGAGGCCAGUGAUCGUGACUCAACACAAUUUCCGUCGAGUCGUAAUUCAGAUAACGGUUUGUUAGAUGAUUCUGAUUUGGUGAUGGCCUCACACUUUAGUAUGCUAUCCACCGAAACGUUACUUAACGGGAAUAUCUGGAAUAAUGGUGAAUGUAUUCAAACAAAUGGUGACUCAUCGCAAAAUGUGUUAUUAAAUCAUAAUGUAUUGACAACCAGUACCAGUACUACUGAAUUAAGCAGUUCUUGUGUGCAAAAUAAUGACAGUCUAUCAUCGGUUUCAAUGUUUGAUCCAAUUUUAAAGAAACGACAGCAAACAACACAUACAUGUAGUACACCUGUUCAGAGACAGAAUUCAAACGAAAUUAAUAAUAGCAGUUCUAGUUAUGGAUAUUCAAAUGGUAAACACACCCGAACUCCUAGUUCUGGAUGUCCGGCCACUCCUAACGAUGAGUCCAAUUUCGAUAAUGCCUUUCCUUUUGACGGAGCCUUAAAUCAUGAGUCAUUUGACAUCGACGGACACCUUCUUUUAAAAGAUAAAGUUUUAUCGAGACUUCAGCAAAUCAUCGGUCAGAAUAAGAUUGAAAUCGAUUAUCUCCGCCGGGAAUUAUAUUUGGCGCGUUUGGCACUCUGUCAGCAAUUAAAAUAUUGCAAUGGAGUUAAUGAUGAGAGCUCCAUUGCUAACGGUUCCAAUUCAUCUGAAACGUCGGAUAAUGUCCUCAACUCAUGGGUCGAUGUGAUGCCAUCACUUCAACAGACACGCAAUGGAUUUAUAAUAAAGUCGAGAUGUGAUAACAAAAGCCAUUCAUUUACUUCAAUUGAUCCGGAAGUCAAUGCUAUUAAAACAUGCGAUGAGCUCUCACUGGAUACAAAUCAGUUGGCAUUAUCGGUAAAUCAUUUAUAAUAAAAUUAAUUAGUCUUUAAUUCCGUAUAUUUGUGCUCAAAAAAUUAAAAAUAAAUCUUUUAUUUAUAUAAAUAUAUAUAUUUGACUUCAACUACUAGUCAUCCUAAUUA